AUGAAAUUAUUACUGGUGCUUUUCGUGUUUUUUGGUACAGUUUGGGCACGUCGUGCAAGAGAUAUCGACUUCUAUGGCUACCUUACAUGUCAAGACGGCUCUACAUGUCUUAACAAAGAAUGUGGCGUGGAUUUGAUGAUUAAAGACGGUGGCAGCAUCGUUAAUAUCCCUGAUAAGUAAGUUUUUAUUAAAUUAUUGGUAGAAUAGGUAUGAGUGAAGAUGUAAAUUUAGUUAUGCUAUAGCUUAUCCUACGCUAGCCUACUGUACCUUGCCAUACCUUACUUUGCCUUACCUUACCCACCUUCUACCUUACCCUACCAUGUCUUAGCUAUUACAAUCUAACCCACUACAACUUACAGUAUGUGCUCAGUCCGCCGCGUCUACGACGACUUUCGCUUCCACAUCAAAUGCAAACCAAAAGGCUAUGACAACAAGAAAUACACCUUCUACAUCAAGUACUAUGGACGGUGUGGCAGAAACAACCAAUGGGCGGAACGCCAUUCUCCUGUCCCAGUUCACAAUGGCCAACAUCCAGUAAUGGCAUAUGUUGGAGAAGUCAACAUUCCACGCGAAACCAUCGAAGAAUGA